AUGGCUACAGCGAUGGACGUAGAUGAAGAAGAAGUCGAAAUGGCAUCGUCGAGCAGUGGCAAAGGCGACAAAAAAAGAUUCGAAGUUAAAAAGUGGAAUGCAGUAGCUUUGUGGGCUUGGGAUAUCGUUGUGGACAACUGUGCUAUUUGCCGUAACCACAUCAUGGACCUGUGUAUAGAGUGUCAAGCUAAUCAAGCUUCUGCUACUAGUGAAGAAUGCACAGUGGCUUGGGGAGUUUGCAAUCAUGCUUUUCAUUUCCACUGCAUCUCUCGUUGGCUAAAGACAAGACAAGUGUGUCCUCUCGACAAUAGAGAAUGGGAGUUCCAAAAGUACGGACACUAG